CACUGCAACCCAGCGAUAUUACAGCCUGUUUUCUAAUCAGCUCUCGACUUUCCUUUUUGCUUGCAGAUCCCUUUGCCCCCUUACCCUUUUUAAUAUGCUUUAGUCGUCGCAUAAGUCGGUAAACUCAACACCAAGUAAUUCGCAGGGUUGCAACAGCAGCAGCUGGGAGAAAAGACGAUCCAAAACCCUUCCUAAAACGAGCAAAAAUAGUAAGAGUUAUAUUAAUGGAUCCGUGUCCUUUUGUACGGAUCCUGGUAGGUAAUUUGGCCCUGAGGCUUCCACUUUCUACAAAGCCCUCGCUUUCAAGGAUCCAUCCUUCUACUUCUCCAUGUUACUGCAAGAUCAAACUCAAGAACUUCCCUCACCAAGUGGGUUCAAUCCCUUUGAUCCAUGCAAACACCCAAAACCCAGAAAGCUGCAACUUCUCUUUGCAGAAAUCGCUCGCUGCGUGUUUCAGUUUAAGCAAGUUCCAGGUGGAUAGGAUCAUCUCGAAAGGGGGUUCAUCAUAUAAACUUUCCAUCGAGGUUUAUGCUGACCCUGAUGGCAGUACCUGCGGAUUGGCAUCUGGGAAGUUAUUGGGGAAGGUUACGGUGCCCUUGGAUUUACGUGGAGCGGAAUCAAGGCCGUCUGUUGCUCAUAAUGGAUGGGUUGAUAUAGGCCGAAACAAAAGCAACAAGAAUGGAUCCUCUGCGCAAUUGUUUUUAACUAUCAGGACUGAACCUGACCCGAGAUUUGUGUUCCAGUUUGGUGGUGAACCAGAGUGUAGUCCUCAGGUUUUUCAGGUUCAGGGGAGUGUUAAACAGGCCGUUUUCACUUGCAAGUUCGGUUUUAGAAGCUCCAGCGAUCGGAACUUGGGAUCAAGGACAUCUUUGCCUGAAUCAAACACUUCAAGAAAUUGGCUACCAUCUCUAAAAACAGAUAAAGAUCAAUCGGCCAAAGAACGAAAAGGCUGGUCAAUAACAGUCCACGACCUCUCAGGCUCUCCCGUAGCAAUGGCAUCAAUGGUAACCCCAUUUGUCCCUUCCCCUGGCUCGGACAGGGUCAGCCGUUCAAACCCUGGAGCAUGGUCAAUUCUUCGUCCGGAAUGUGGAACCUGGAAACCCUGGGGUCGCCUCGAAGCCUGGCGUGAGCCUGGUUUCACUGACGCCCUUGGAUACCGAUUUGACCUCUUCCAUGAUGAUAUUGUGGCCACAGGAACAACAACCACCGUCGCCAGUUCCACCCUCAGCACCAAACUUGGGGGAAAAUUCACCAUGGAUAUGACAACAAACAUAUCAACUCCAUCAAUAAGCCCGCAAAGCAGCUGUGACCUGGGGUCAGGCUCACGUCCCGGGUCAAGACCAGGAUCGGGAUCAGGGUCAGAUUUCGGAUUUGGGUUGCCCCUUUCCCCGCAGAGCAUGUACCGGGGUGGAUUUGUGAUGUCCUCAACGGUGGAAGGUGUGGGGAAAUGCAGUAAACCGGAAGUGGAAGUAGGAGUAAAGCACGUGACAUGCACGGAGGAUGCUGCUGCCUUUGUGGCAUUGGCAGCGGCUAUGGAUCUAAGCAUGGAUGCUUGUCAGUCCUUCUCUCAAAAGUUAAGGAAAGAGCUGAGACAGCAAAGUCAUAACUUUGUAGAUUAAGGGUUUUUGUCGAUUUAGUUGUUUUUGGAUUGGGAUUUGGGAUUCUUUCGGCAGAUUAGCUAACAGCAGUUUUUGAGCUGAAUGUAAGGAUUAGUUUUGUACAGUGCGGAAUGACGAGGCAUGAACCUUUUUUUAUUUAUUUUAAAAAACUUUGUGAUUAGUGAA